GUGCUGGAAGACUGGAAGUACGUAGCCCGAGUUAUGGACCGGCUGCUUCUCAUCAUUUUUCUGACCGUUGGUCUGUCCGGCACAGCGAGCAUGUUUCUUGGGGCCCCGCACAUCCUGCAGUAUGUGGACCAGGACAAGAUCAUUGAUGAUCUGGCCGAGUAUUUUAGAUUAGCGGAGGAACGGUACAAUAAUGAAACAGCUGCUGCAGCGGUGCAUUAAAACGUAAGGUUCUACGGGUAUUAAUAAUUAUGUUAUCUGUGCACAUAUGUAUUUCGCAGUUUCUAGUUGUGGGUGUAUUUCAUUUUGUAUGUAUGUAUAAAGAGGCAGAGCAAGAGAGAGAGAGAGAGAGAGAGAGA